AUGAGUAGUCCUAGUGCCAAGCCAACAUGCCUGACGCAGCCUGUGGUGAAGAGUGUGAUGGUGUAUCGUAACGGAGAUCCAUUCUUCCCAGGGCGCCGAGUGGUCAUCCAUGAGAAGAAGGUGUCUAGUUUUGAUGUCUUCCUGAAAGAGGUGACAAGUGGGGUGAAUGCCCCCUUUGGGGCUGUGCGGAACAUCUACACUCCUUGUGGUGGGCACCGUGUCCGGCAGCUGGAUGAUAUUCGGAGUGGAGAACAUUAUGUUGCUGGUGGCAGGGAGGCCUUCAAAAAACUCAACUACUUGGACAUAGGAGAACUGAAGAAAAGGCCUAUAGAAACAAAUAAUGAGGUGAAGCCAGUUAUCCACAGCAGAAUCAAUGUGUCGGCACGCUUUCGAAAGCCGCUUCAGGAGCCAUGCACUGUUUUCCUGAUUGCAAAUGGUGAUCUCGUAAGCCCAGCAGUGCGUCUUUUUAUUCCAAGGAAAACGCUGAAUCAGUGGGAACAUGUUCUUGAAAUGGUAACCGAGAAAAUUACACUCAGAAACGGAGCUGUUCACAGGCUCUACACAUUAGAUGGAAAACCUGUUGAGAGUGGGUUGGAUUUGGAAAACGGACAGUUUUAUGUAGCGGUUGGCAGAGACAAAUUUAAGAAGUUACCCUAUAGUGAAGUACUGUUUACCAAAUCUACAGUUAGGAGAUCUUAUGGGUCAAAGUCAUCUGGGAAGUCUAAGGGGAGUUCCAAAUCUACUGACACGGGUGACACAGUGUCAUCUCCUCCACCUUCAAAGAGGAAGGAAAAGCAUAGACAGAAUCAAGAGCCUAAAAAACCUGCAAAAUCAAGAGAAAAUGUUCAAGUAGUGACCAAAACGUAUAUUCUCCCAGAUAAUGACGAGGGUGUUUACAAGGCUGGGAAAAAACCGUCUGAAAUGCGUGGGGCUGUGGAAGUCCAGGAAGAUGAAGACACUCAGAUUGAGGUCCCAAUUGAUCAGCGGCCAGCAGAAACGGUGGAUGAGGAAGAAAAUGUAGCUCGGCACAAUGAAGAAUAUUCAGCAAUGAAUGGCGAGGCUGAUCCAGGUGAAGAAACUGGUGAGACCAUCAAUGAAAUGGAAAAAAACAAAGAGAAAAUGGAUGACCAUUCUGAAAAUGAACAGCCAGAGCUUGAUGAAGAAGGGGAGGGUGAGACUAGUCAUGCACGGGGUGGAACAAAUGAAGAAAAUGGUGAGGAAAUGGAUCAUAAUGGCCAUGAAGAAGAAACAAAAGAAAGUGCUGAUGAUCCAACCCAGGGUGAUGCUCAGAAAGCUUCAACUCCAAGAGUAACCAUCACCAGUCCUCAGGAGAGCGAAAAAAAUGAACAAACGAAUGACUAUGCAGCAGUAGCGUAA